AUGACACCGCACAAUAAGGAUGAGGUGAAGACUGUGAAGACUGAGACCACUUCUAUCGAGUUAAUGAAACAGAAGGCUGGACCCCAUUGCAUCAGUUCUUCUCAUAAUAACUUGCCAGUGCAGAGAGUGACUGUUCAUCCACUGGUCCUGCUGAGUGUAGUUGACCACUUCAAUCGCGUCAGCAAAACCCAGAGUGUCAAGCGUGUAGUUGGUGUAUUGCUUGGUUCAAUAAAGAAAGACAAAACGUUAGAUAUCGGGAACAGCUUUGCUGUGCCGUUUGAUGAAGAUGAAAAGGAUAAGAGCACGUGGUUCCUUGACAUGGAUUAUCUAGAGAGUAUGUAUAGCAUGUUCCAUAAGGUCGCUGCCAAGGAAAAGAUUGUAGGAUGGUAUCACACUGGACCUAAGCUACACAAGAAUGAUAUCGCGAUCAACGAGCAAAUGAAGAGAUUCGUUCCACACCCUGUGCUUGUCAUCAUCGAAGCUGAGCCAAAAGACAUUGGGCUCCCCACUGAAGCUUACAUUGAAGUGCAAGAAGUCCAUGAUGAUGGCACGCCUCCCAUAAAAACUUUUGAGCAUGUAGCCAGUGAAAUCGGUGCUGAAGAAGCAGAAGAAGUGGGAGUUGAGCAUUUGUUGAGGGACAUAAAAGACCAGACGGCUGGCACGUUAUCACAGAGAAUAACUGACCAGUUGAUGGGUCUCCGUGGCCUCCACUCACAAUUGGUUGACAUCGAAAAAUACCUCCAAGACGUCGCAGCUCAUCGUCUUCCAAUCAAUCAUCCGGUAAUUUAUCAUAUUCAAGAGGUUCUUAACCUUUUGCCGGACGUUACACAUCCGGACUACGUGACGGCUCAAAAUGUUCAAACGAAUGACCAGCUGAUGUGCGUCUAUAUGGGGUCGCUUGUGCGUUCUGUCAUCGCUCUUCACAACUUGAUUGAUAAUAAGUUGGCGUUACAAAAGGCCGAGAACGAGCAGGAAGACAACGCUGACAAAAAGAAAGAGGAGAAGAAGAAAGAUGAAAAGAAGGAGAACAAAGACCCUAAGAAAGAUGAAACGAAAAAGAACGGUACUAAAAAGGAGAAAGCAGCUGCACCGAAAGCCAAAAAACCUUAGUGCGGUUUUCAUUACCGGUUAUAAUUAUUUUGCUGUUAGACUGGUCUCAUACACUUUGUUUGUCUUUUUGGUGCAUCUUUGAUGGCCCAUUAAUGAUGUAAAAAUGGGAGAACUACACUACACUUGAGUAUGAUUUGUACCUUAUUUAUUACGAGAUGAAUCUUUUUUGUGCA